AUGUUGUUCUCUUUUACAGAUAAAGGCAGCAGGCUCAGAGAGAUGAAGUCUGCUGCUCAAGAUCACAUAGCUAGAAUACAGCAGAGCCAGAAUUCAGAUUCAUUUCUGAUUCUUAUUCCAGUGCCCUUUCCAGCAUACCAUGUUGCCUCUAAAGUUGCCUCCUUAUUUACUGGAAAACUGUUUCUGUCCACUCCACACCCUCCCACCCCAUCCUUUCUUAAGCGCUAUGUUUGUGUUUUCAUCAGGAUUACAUUCACUGUCUUUGGAAUCCAUGUUCUUAUUUGUGUUUGGGGGGGGGGGGGGGAAUUCUUCCACCAGCUUGUACUCAGAUCAACUUGGAAAAAAAAAAAAAGCAUAAAUGCUGUUGCAGAUGUACAACUUAAAAAAUGUGAAGUUUGUAGCUUUAACUUUUUGUAA